AUGGCUUUGCACCUUUUCGCAUUGCCAUUUGCGGUACCCUUAUCGACCACUUCCACUUCCACCUCCACCUCCACCUCCACCUUUUCGUCUGCCCUCCCAACCCUUUGCUUCUGCCACCAGCACCGUCCACCCUUCUUGCGCCAGAGGAGGAGAAAGAGAAGUAUAAGUAGUGCAGGACGUGCAUUUGUUGGUAAGGAAGACACCGAAGUGAGUGUCACUUCCACCCAAGAAGCCCAGCAAAACAACGACUCAGACCCUGAUCCCCAAGACGUCGAAUACGUCUCCCAAAUCAAGAGAGUUUUGGAGCUUCUCAGGAGAAACCGAGACAUGCUUUUUAGCGAGGUUAAGUUGACCAUUUUGAUUGAGGACCCGAGACAAGUCGAGCGGAGGAGGUUGCUUGGCAUUGAUGAUGCUGAUGCUCCAACCAGGGAAGACUUAGCUUCUGUUUUAGAAGAAAGUUAUGAUCCAGCCCAGAUUUCUUUGUCGUGCCUUCUACAGCACCUCUAG